AUGUCAUUUACCAAUGGUAAUGACACAAGCACCACCUACUUUAUCCUAAUUGGUCUCCCAGGUAUAGAGGCAGCUCAAUUUUGGCUGGCCUUUCCCCUGUGUUUUCUGUACCUCAUUGCUGUAUUGGGCAACUUCACCAUCAUUUAUAUCAUAAAAACAGAACGGAGUCUACAUGAACCUAUGUACCUUUUCCUAUGCAUGCUCUCUACAAUUGAUAUCCUUAUCUCUACUUCCUCCAUGCCCAAGAUGUUGGCUAUUUUCUGGUUCAAUUCCACGACCAUCCAGUUUGAUGCUUGUUUGGUACAGAUGUUUGCGAUCCAUUCCCUUUCUGGCAUGGAGUCCACUGUCCUCCUGGCCAUGGCCUUUGACCGCUAUGUAGCCAUUUGCCACCCUUUGCGCCAUGCUACUGUAUUCACCUCACCGCGUAUUUCCAAAAUUGGUUUGGCAGCUGUAAUUCGAGGGGCAGUCCUGAUGGCCCCAUUGCCCAUCUUCAUUAAGCGUCUUCCCUUUUGCCAUUCUAACAUCCUUUCCCAUUCCUAUUGCCUCCACCAGGAUGUCAUGAAAUUAGCAUGUGCUGACAUCCGUAUUAAUGUGAUCUAUGGCCUCAUUGUUAUAAUCUCUGCCAUUGGUCUGGAUUCAGUGCUCAUAUCCCUCUCAUAUUUUUUCAUCCUCAAGACAGUAUUGGGCCUGACACGGGAAGCCCAAUCCAAGGCCUUUAGCACCUGUGUGUCCCAUAUCUGUGCAGUCUUUAUCUUUUUUGUUCCCUUCAUUGGCCUAUCUAUGGUGCACCGCUUUGGCAAGAAGACAGGCUCUAACUUACACAUUAUCAUGGCCAAUGUGUAUCUGAUAGUACCUCCUGUAUUAAACCCCAUUGUUUAUGGUGUGAAGACUAAGCAGAUUCGUCAGAGAAUUAUACAACAUUUUCACUCAACUACCGGCAUUUCAGCCUUAUAGGGCCAGGUCCUCUCACCACUUUUCCAUUCUAAAGCAUAGGUAAUCUUUAGAAUUAUACAGAGAUAUUGGAACAAA